UUUUGCGGUCUAUUACGUCUCCGCUGUAAUUUGACAAGACGAAAAACCCUAGGCAUCUGCAGCUUCUCUCACUGGCUCGAUCUCUAUCUAGUCUCCGGGUUUUGUCGGCGUGCAAUCGUUUGGCUUCUCCGACGAGCUCGUGCCACAGGUACUGUCGGCUUCACGACAUGGCAUCUGAAGGAAAAAGUUUUGCGAGGAGAGAUCAGCUCCUGGAGAUUCAGAAUGAGGUCCAACCUGAAUGGGAAGCUGCAGGUGUGUUCAGGGCUGAAGCUCGUGGUAGUCCUCCGCAAUCAGGAGAAAAGUUCUUCUCGACGUUUCCCUUCCCGUAUAUGAACGGUUAUCUUCAUCUCGGCCAUGCAUUCUCGCUUUCAAAGAUUGAGUUUGCUGCUGCGUACCACAGAUUGAGAGGAGCUAAUGUGCUGCUUCCAUUUGGCUUCCACUGUACUGGUAUGCCAAUUAAGGCAUCUGCCGAUAAGCUUGCUCGUGAGAUCCAACAGUUUGGGAACCCCCCUGUGUUUUCUGUCGAAGUAGAGGAAGACAGCAAAAAAGGUGGUGAAGUUCAGGAUGACAGCGGAGAUGCGCCACCAUUGCCGGAUCAGUUCAGGGGAAAGAAAUCUAAGGUUGCUGCAAAAUCCGGUGGACAGUUGCAUCAGUGGGAAAUUAUGCGCAGUUUUGGUCUUACGGACAGUGAGAUAGCAGAGUUCCAAGAUCCAUACAAAUGGCUAUACUACUUCCCUCCAUUAGCUGUGGAUGAUCUCAAGGCUUUUGGACUGGGUUGUGAUUGGAGACGGUCAUUUGUCACAACCGAUGUGAAUCCAUUUUUUGACUCCUUUGUGAGGUGGCAGAUGAGAAAGUUGAAAUCUAUGGGAAAGAUUGUUAAAGAUCGUAGAUACACAAUAUUUUCACCAUUAGAUGGCCAGCCGUGUGCUGACCAUGACCGUGCUUCAGGUGAAGGUGUUCUGCCUCAGGAGUAUACUCUUAUCAAGAUGGAAGUACUUCAGCCAUUCCCUCCAAAGUUGGCACCUUUACAAGGCAAGAGAGUCUUUCUGGCCGCAGCAACUCUGAGGCCUGAGACCAUGUUUGGGCAGACAAACGCAUGGGUAUUGCCUGAUGGGAAAUAUGGAGCUUUUGAAAUCAACGAAACUGAUGUCUUCAUCCUUACUGAAAAAGCCGCACUCAACCUUGCCUACCAGAAUUUCUCGAAGAUUCCUCAGAAGCCUUCUUGCCUGGUUGAGUUGACAGGGAAUGAUCUGAUUGGGCUCCCUUUGAGGUCUCCUCUAUCAUUCAACGAGAUCAUAUACGCUCUACCCAUGUUGACCAUUCUCACCAACAAAGGUACCGGCAUCGUUACUAGUGUGCCUAGUGAUGCCCCUGACGAUUAUAUGGCUUUGCAUGACUUGAAAUCAAAGCCUGCUCUUCGUGCAAAGUAUGGUGUGAAAGAUGAAUGGGUCUUGCCCUUUGAUAUUGUACCUAUUAUCAACAUUCCAGAAUUCGGGGAUCAGGCUGCAGAGAAGGUUUGCUUGGAUCUGAAAAUAAAAAGCCAGAAUGACAAGGAAAAGCUUGCUGAGGCGAAAAGGUUGACUUAUCUGAAAGGAUUCACUGAAGGAACCAUGCUCAUCGGAGAGUUUGCUGGGAGGAAAGUCCAAGAAGUUAAGCCGCUUAUCAAGUCAAAACUCAUAGAGUCUGGUGAGGCAAUCCUUUACAGUGAACCUGAGAAGCAGGUAAUGUCAAGAUCGGGUGAUGAAUGUGUUGUGGCCCUUACUGAUCAGUGGUACUUAAUAUAUGGUGAAUCGGAAUGGAGGAAAAUGGCUGAGGAAUGCUUAGCAAACAUGAAUCUCUAUUCUGAAGAAACCCGACAUGGUUUUGAGCACACUUUGAGCUGGCUAAAUCAGUGGGCUUGUUCACGGUCUUUUGGUCUUGGAACUCGCAUUCCUUGGGAUGAACAGUUCCUUGUGGAAUCCUUAUCCGAUUCUUCUCUCUACAUGGUCUAUUAUACUGUUGCUCACAUUUUACAUGGAGAUGACAUGUAUGGAGGUAGUACUUCUUCUGUCCGUCCUCAGCAAAUGAAUGAUGAAGUGUGGGAUUACCUCUUCUGUGAUGGUCCAUACCCGAAAUCUUCGGAUAUCCCAUCAUAUCUUUUAAAUAAGAUGAAGCAGGAGUUUGAGUACUGGUAUCCUUUAGAUGUCCGAGCAUCGGGAAAGGAUCUUAUUCAGAAUCAUUUGACAUUUUUCAUCUACAACCAUGUUGCAAUUAUGGCUAGGCGGCACUGGCCACUUGGGAUCAGAUGUAAUGGGCAUAUUAUGUUGAAUUCUGAAAAAAUGUCCAAGUCAACUGGAAAUUUCAGAACUCUUCGCCAGGCCAUCGAAGAAUUUGGGUCAGAUCCCACAAGAUUUAGUUUGGCUGAUGCUGGUGAUGGUGUUGACGAUGCAAACUUUGUAUUUGAGACUGCUAACGCUGCAAUUUUGCGGCUUACAAAAGAAAUUGCCUGGAUAAAAGAUGUUCUAUCUGCUGAAUCAUCACUGAGAGCUGGCCCUCCAUCUACAUAUGCGGAUAAGGUGUUCGAAAAUGAGAUAAACAUCGGCAUCAGAUCGACUGAAAAGGCUUAUGAUAACUUCUUGUUCAGGGAGGCACUUAAAAAUGGGUUUUAUGACUUGCAAGCAGCUAGGGAUGAGUAUAGGCUCUCUUGUGGCAGUGGUGGCAUGAACAGGGACUUGAUAUUGAGGUUUGUGGAUGUGCAGACUCGUCUUAUUACUCCAAUCUGCCCACACUAUGCAGAAUACGUUUGGAGGAAGCUUUUGAAGAAGGAAGGUUUUGCGGUAGUAGCAGGCUGGCCAACAUCAGAUGAGCCCGAUUUAGUUCUCAAGAGUGCUAACAAAUAUUUGCAAGAUUCCAUUGUUUUGAUGAGAAAGCUUCUCCAGAAACAGCUCUUGGGUUCCAAGAAGGCCGGUAAGAAAGGUGCUCCUGUAACAUCACUGACCGAGGACAAGUUAAGGGGCUUAGUAUUUGUGAAUGAGCAAUUCGAUGGAUGGAAAGCUCACUGCCUGAAGAUUCUACAAAGCAAAUUUGACCAACAGACUCGUAGUUUUGCUCCCGACGCGGAGAUACUUGGGCAACUGAAGGAGACGUUGCAGAAGGAUGGGCAGGCAGACAACUUUAAACAAAUCCAGAAGCUUUGUAUGCCAUUCCUAAGAUUCAAGAAAGACGAGGCAGUAGCUCUUGGACCUCAGGCUCUGGAUUUGAAGUUGCCCUUCGGGGAGAUGGAGGUUCUUCAGACCAACGUGGAUCUGAUCAAGCGGCAGCUCGGUCUUGAAGAAGUUGAGAUCAUGUCUGCAACCGAUCCUGAUGCUGUUGCGAAAGCCGGUCCACAGGCCUCUCUCCUGAAACAGAAUCCUCCUUCCCCUGGCAAUCCAACCGCCAUCUUUAUGACUCGGUAGUUGAAAACAUGUUUCCACUACAAGUCAGAGAUUGGAAAUGAGUUGAAAAAGUGUCAAGAUUUUGCUGGAUGUUUUGGUAUUUUUAUAGAUUUUAUAUGAUGAGCUUAUUAAGACAAUGUUUAACCUAUAGUUUCUUCUUUAUGUUUGUUCGAUUGGCUCCUGCUAAGUAAUGUCAACCGUUUUUAUUCUAAUGUGCACUGGCCUUGCUUCAUUUGUUCAU